AUGGACACGGGCUGCCUCCACCCACCACCCGCCGACCCCUCCUCGUCGGAGGCGUCGGGAGACGCCUCCUCGGCCUGCGGCUCCGCCUCCGCCUCCGCCUCCGCCUCCCAGUCCACCUCCGCCCGGCGCAGCAGGGGGGUGCGGCUCCGGCUCCGGCUGCGGCGAAGGCGGCAGGAGCCGGCCCCCGCCGCUACGCCCGGGGGCGAGGGCCAGGGUGGCGCCGGCGUGCAGGUGCAGGACGACCUCGCGCUGCCCCUCGGGAUGUCGUUCGCGGCCGUCCUCGCGCAGGUUGUGAAUACGAAGAAUCCUUCAGGCGAAAGAUUACAGCCUGCACUCCUUUCCAAGAUCUGUACAUCGGCAGUGAAGGAAUCAUUGAGAAAUAUAUAUGGUAACAAGUUAGACAGUUUUAUGAGAAACUUCGAGAAAUCGUUCAGCAGCACAUUGACAACGCUUCAUCUUGUUAAUGAGAUGCCUAUCUAUGGACAAGGUCCAGUUCCUCAAUGUUCUUCUAAGCAUGAAGACUCUGAUGCUGCAAGCAAGUUGAGCACUAGUGGUCCACAAAACCCAACGCAGGAAAUCAAGCAGGACCUUUCAAAUUCAGUGGAAAGUCAGCUUGUUCUGUAUGCUGGUGGCAGUCAACAGCUGACUCGUCGUACUCAUAGCAUAUCUUCUCCUGAAGCUGAUCAGCGCAUCCUUAAUGCAUUUGAGAGAUCUUUGAAAGAACAAACUCGGUCAAAUGAGCUCAAGGAAUUUGAGAUAAGUCUUAGCAUGAGAAAGUUGCAACUUAAACAGUCUCAACUAGAACUUAACUCCUACUCGCACAUGUUAGACAAGAUUAAGUUAUCCUUGGGAUUUCAGAAAGCUUCCUUCCAAACGGAGAAAUUCAAGACUCAGAUGCAGGACACGAGGCAUGCACAAAUAAUGAGGACGCUCAUAGAUUUCCUUGUUAGUGCAGUGAUUAUUAUGUCAGUUUGCUUUGGGUACGGAACUUAUACUUAUUCGUACCAAAGGAUAACUGAUAUUACAGCAGCAUGUUCAGCCACUUCAAGGGGAUCUAAAUCAUGGUGGGUGCCAAAUUCAGUGUCAAACUUCAAUUCCGGGUUGCUCUUCAUAAGAUGUCAUGUAAUAGCUGCAACACGGAUGUUCUUUGGCAUAGUAAUGAUUCUGGCAAUUGUUUGGUUAGCAUUCCAGCGUUCUGCAGUGUCUGGAUCAAGUAUGCCAGUAACUUUCAACAUCAUUCUGUUGGGAGUUAUUUGUGGCUUCGCUGGAAGGUUCUGUACCAACACACUUGGUGGCGAUGGGAACAUGUGGCUUAUAUGCUGGGAGGUUCUUUGUUCCAUCCAUUUACUUGGAAAUUGUUAUCCAUCGGUCUUGUACCGUGUUCUUCAUGGUCCUAUAUCUGUAUCUGAUAGGAAGGAGUCUGUUUGGUUCCCGUAUUGGAUUCGCCGCUGGAUGUUUUAUGCUGUGCUGGGGUUUUUUAUCCCAGCCUUGAAUGGCUUACUGCCAUUUGCUUCUCUUUCUGAUUGGAAUAACCAUUUCACUAAGGAGCUAAAAUCCAUCUUUAUUGGUGAGAAAAUUGAAGCCUGA